GAAAGCGGUGCGGGGUGUCCGUUACACGGCAACGACGUGGGGCAGGGUGCCUUAGACAUGUCGGGGGACGGGAAGCGGGGCUGUAGGAUGAAGAUCGUGAGCUGGAAUAUAAACGGGAUCCGGGCAACUCGAGUGGGGCUGAAGGAAAUCCUCGACUCGCUGGACGCAGAUGUCGUCUGUCUGCAGGAGACUAAAGUGACCAGGGACCUGCUGGAUGAACCCUCCGCCAUAAUAGAAGGCUACAACUCCUACUUCAGCUUCAGCCGUGCAAGAAGUGGAUAUUCAGGAGUGGCCACAUUCUGUAAGAACAGCGCAGUUCCACUAGCGGCAGAGGAGGGGCUAUCGGGACAGCUCGCCGGUCAGAAGGGAUCUGUUGGCUGCUAUGGCAACACGGAGGAGUUCUCGGAGGAGGAGCUGCUGUCUCUGGACCAAGAAGGAAGAACAGUCAUCACACAGCACAGGAUCCUCCAUGUGAUUGUCCUGGGAGAUGUGAACACCUCGCACAAGCCCAUCGACCACUGUGAUCCAGAUGAUCUGGAAGCCUUUGCAGAGAACCCGGGACGUCAUUGGUUGAACCAGUUCCUCUGUGACCCAGCCGUGGCUAAAUCAAGUGAUGGCGGUCCACCAGAAGGAGGCCUUUUCUUGGAUACCUUCCGUUACUUCCACUCCACUCAGAGAAAUGCCUUCACUUGCUGGCACUCUGCCUCAGGGGCCCGACAGACCAACUACGGCACCCGCAUUGACUACAUUCUGGGUAACGGAAGCCUGGUUGAGACGGAAUUCGCGGAUUGCGUUAUUAUGCCGGAGGUGGAAGGAUCUGACCAUUGUCCGGUGAAGGGAUUUCUGAAAUGUAGGCCGCUUGCAGCAGAUAGAUGUCCUCCUCUCUGUACUAAAUACCUCCCGGAGUUCGCAGGGCGGCAGCAGAAGCUGUCUCAGUUUUUCGUGAUUAGGAACAAAGACCUUUCAGACUCCGGUGCGGAAACGAAGGACCCGUCGGGGUCUCAGUCUUCCACGGAAGGAUCUGAUCCAGUUUCCGCCCGGAAGAGGACACAAGGAAAAGUGAACGGGACUGUUGGAAAGAAGAACAAGGCGGACAGCAAGGGCGGGCAAGGCAGCCUGCUUGGGUUUUUUAGGCCGGCGGCACAGAAGGGAACUGCUUCACAGUCGCAAACUAACACCGAUAAAGUGGAACCCGGAAAAGAGCUUCCCCGAGGUACAGAAGACGUUCCAUUUGCGCCUCAGAACGUUAACCAACAACAAGCAACCUUUUGGAAGUCUUUGCUUAAAGGACCACCACCUCCACCCAACUGUAAAGGCCACGGGGAGCCCUGCGUCUCGCGGACGGUGAAGAAGGCCGGUCCUAACUGCGGACGCCAGUUCUACGUGUGCGCACGUCCCGUAGGGCAUUCGUCCAACCCGCAGGCCCGGUGCAACUUUUUCCUUUGGGUCAACAAGAAGAAUGGCGCGGAUGGAUGACAAAGGA